UGUCGUGUCCGUCAGUAGGGUGGCUGGCCUUGCCGAGUGUGGAUGGUGGUAGAGGUGUCGGCGGUUGCGGAGACAGACGAGGGGCGGAAGGCGAGCAGGCAUGUGAUGAGGCUUGAGCGGUCAGCGGCAGGAGCGUCGUCUUCGUCUUCCAUGGUGGAUUCUGAGGCCGCAGGAGGAGGCCGUCUCUGCGCAGACCAACAGUUUCGUGGUGAGAUCGUGCUCACAUUCAUGGAGUUCCAGUUGGAUAGCGGAGAAUACUGCCAGGCUCAGCACAAAUAAACUGACAAUUGUGUGAGAGGCGUUUGGUGGAAACAAGCCACAGUUUAAUUUCUCCCAUUCCACUGUUUAGUAUCAACCAGCAUAAGGAAACCGCACCGUCAACGCUAUCUGGUGAGCCCUGUUGGAAGAAAACUCACCUUUGUUAACUUUUAUCAAUGGGCUGAAGUUGGUGCAUUAAAUCUGAUUCCAUCUGGAGGUGUCAUCACAGUGAAAACGAUAGGAAUAGGACUGGUUUAAAUAGUGGAGUCGGUUUACCAUCAGGGUCUUCGAGACCAGUGCUGGAAAAAGGGGAGACGGAGUUACCAAAAGAACAGAGUGUGGCUUAUUUUCCGGGCCCAUCAGGUUGCCAAGUUCGGUGCGUGUUCAAACAUCUAGAAAUUGUGCGAUUUUUGUGCGUGUGUGUAUAUCCAAAAUAUAUAUGAUCUAUUUUGUUAUUGGUGGUGUAAAAGAGGACUGCUGUGUGUGUUGUAUAGUGAAAUUCUGUUUCUUAAUUUAAGUGUUUUCCAGAGUCCCAGUUUGUGCACCACACAGGUGAAAUAUCUAUAUAUUCUGAUUUGCUUCAGUUUAUCCCAUUAGCAAGUGAGCUGCCACAUAAAGUGCUUCAAUUUUUUUUCCGCUUUCAUUCAGAAGUGUACUGGGAUAGUUGAAAUCUGUCACAACAGUAUCAGCACAUGCUUUGUGAAGACUUUGACUACUUGUUUUAGCUUUCUGCUGCCUGCCAUUUAAAAUAUUCAAAAACUUCAGUGCAUUCAGCCCUUAAUUUUUGAGUGAAAUUUUGAACAUUAGUACAGUGUACAGAGGCUAGGCUUUUAACUGACUUUUUUGUUUGCUUAUUCAUUCUUCAAAUCUCCGUUACUGUUGGUGUGAAAUGUCAGUGAGUGCCAACAUGCGUCUCAAGGAUAAUCGGCCAGCUCCCUGCGAGAUCGAAUACAAGAACAUGAAAUUCCUCAUCACCGACCGGCCAACUGAUCAGAACAUACAGAGCUAUAUACAGGAGCUGAAAAAACACAAUGUAAAAGAUGUUGUGAGGGUUUGUGAACCAAGUUACAAAAUUGAAGAGUUGCAGAAUGAAGGAAUCAAUGUAACUGACCUGGAAUUUGAUGAUGGAACUCCACCCCCAAUACAGAUUGUGGAAGAAUGGUUUGAACUGCUAAAGAAGAGGUUCAAGGAAAAUCCAGAUGGUUGUGUGGCAGUACAUUGUGUUGCGGGACUUGGGCGAGCACCUGUUUUGGUUGCGCUGGCUUUAAUGGAACUUGGCAUGAAAUAUGAGGAUGCCGUCGACUUCAUAAGGCAGAAACGUCGUGGAGCUAUAAAUGCCAAACAGCUGGCUUACUUAGAGAAGUACCGUCCCAAGUCUCGUCUAAAGCUGAGGAAUGGUCAUAGGAAUACAUGCUGUGUGCAAUAGGCAGAAAAUUACACCAGCAAACCAGUUAAUUGCACCAUUAUAUUCACUGUGCUGCUGGUGCUUUAGGAUGAUUAUUUUUACUGUAAAUGGGUUUCAUGAAUGAAUAAUUAAAACCAGUUUCAUACUAUGUAAA